AUGUACGGCUUCUCAGACAAGCCUGCCGCGCGUCCUGGCAGCUGCUACCGCUGCGGCCAGGCCGGCCACUGGGCCAACGACUGCCCCCGCAACCCCGACCGCAUCAGCGCCGCGCCUCGCCUGCCCACCCAACCCCGCGAGCUGGCGCGGCAGCAGCGGCGCGAGCCGAGCCCCUUGGCCGACGCUGACGUCAUCCCGCUGCUCAUGGCGGCGCUGGUCUCAGAGCUGCGCGCCCACACCAGCAUAUACCUCUGCGGCUACGCCGCGCACCUGUCGCGAGCCGCGCAGGAUUCCGGCUGGGGCUGUGGGUACCGCAACCUGCAGAUGCUGGCGUCGCACCUGCUGGCGCGACGCCCUGAUGCGCGGCGGGUGCUGUUUGGCGGCUGCGGGUGGCUGCCAGACAUACCCUCGCUGCAGGCCUGGCUCGAGGCGGCGUGGGAGGCAGGCUUCGACCCGCCGGGGCGUGCGCAGUUGGGCGGCGGGGUGCAGGGCACGCCCAAGUGGAUAGGCACGCCCGAGGUCGCAGCGGCGCUGCGCCAGUUCGGGAUCGACGCCCGCAUCGUCGACUUCUGCUGCCAGGCGUCCACCUCAGCGGACGCGUCUGGCGCCACCGUGCACCUGAACGUCGCCUGCGACCUGUGCGGGGCUUCGCCGCUGGUGGGCGUGCGCUACAAGAGCACCGUCAAGUCAGACUUUGACGUCUGCUCCCGCUGCUUUGCGUCGCCUGCCGCGGCCGCGGCGGCGCCAUACCUUCCGCUCGGGGACGCCGGCGGCGGCAGCGGAGGAGGAGGAGGCGGAGGAGGAAGAGGGGGCGGAGCGAGGGGGAGUGGGGUCGGCCGCAGCGAGGGGGACGGAGGGGCCGGCGGCGGCGGGGUGCGGCGGCAGCGGCUGCCCCCGAGCGGCAGCGGCUGCGAGGGCGGGGGGAACGGGCUGGACCUGGACGACUCUGGGGCCGAGGCAGAGGGUGCCUGCGGGGCGGCCGCGGGCGGCCGAGGCGCAGGCGGCGGCAGCAGAGGCGGCAGGGGCCGCCAGGGCGGCCGGGGCGCCGGGACUGGCCCCGCGCCGCAGCGCCACAAAGCGCUUGUGCAGUGGGUGUGGGACUAUUUCAGCCAGGGCCCGCCGGGUUCCAGCGGCAGCGGCGGCGGCGGCGGCGGUGGCAGCGGCGGCAGCGGCAGCAGCGGCGGCGGCGGAAGCAGCGGCGCGCUCGCGCAGCUGCGCGGCUCGCCGGUCACCGUGACGCGCCACGCGCCACUGUACCUGCAGCACGAGGGCCACAGCCGCACGGUGGUUGGCGUGGAGCGGCACGCGCCGCCGGGGGCGGAGGCGGCGCACCGCCUGCUGAUCCUGGACCCGGGGCAUGACGCGCAAGCCCUGCGGGAGGCGCUGAGCAACCGCAAGGGGUGGCAGCGCCUCGUGAAGCGCGGCCUCCACGCGCUGCAGCGGCCCGAGUUCCAGAUCUUAUACGUCCCCGACGAUGGCGGCGGCGGCCCGCCGCCGUUUGCGGGGGGGAGCCGUGAGUUCGAGGCCCUGAAGGUGAUCUCUGCGGCCGACAAGUUUUAUUCGUGA